AUGUGUUUCACCACCACUUCCACCACGUGCACCAAGCGCACCUUCACCUCUAUCGAGGACGAAGACUCUUGUGCCCCUCAGGCAACCAAGCGCAUCUGCCUGCCCAUCCACAAACCCACCCACAUCGGUCCUCUCACCCUCAACUCCCCUCCCAAAUUCGCUCCCAUGCGUCCCCUCCCGUCUAUCUGGCCCUGGAACAUCAUGGACGCAGCCACUGACCUCGACGCAGAUGCCCCCAUCCCCCCUCCGGCCUCCAUCGCCUCCCGCAUCCCGCCCUUCCACACCCACGGCUCUUCGCACUGCGGCAACCACGCCCACGAGCACUCCUUCCCUUCAGGCAAGAAGUUCAACAAAAACAAACGAGUAGGUACUCUCUGCUCCUUUUGCUUUGGUCCGUAUAAGCAGGGUGACCUCCACCAGCUUCCCUGCGGCCAUUUCACUUGUUUGUCGUGCUUGGAAGAGAGGGUGAGACAGAUCCCUACGUUUAUGGCUGUUAACGCUGGGCUGAUUAAUCAGACCGUCACCAAGCUGCGCGAAAUCAUGGAUUAUCUCGGUAUCAUCACCGAGACCGAUGGUCUGGCUGCGACAGUUAGGCAGUACUGGAUCGAGGAGUUUGCUACCCUCCGCCAGGAGCUGGCGAUCCUGACUAACUUGUCUUGCUCCUAUUGCCUGGUGCAUAUCCAGCCGUCCCGGUUUAUGACUUGUUUGUCGCCGGAGAUGUCAAAGGUAUUGUGGUUGACGGAGGAGUGGCUGGCUGAUGAGGAGCCGGAGGAUAGGAUGGUGUGUGGAUGGCCGGAUUGUAGGGGGUAUGUGCCUAGUUGGUGUGGCUACCUCUUUGCUGGGGAGAGGGAGGUGAGCGAGGCGGAGGAUGCGGAGGGGAGGAGGUGGUGGUGUCCGAGUUGCAAGGGGAAUUGUUUCGAGACGGAGGAGGGGUUGAACCCGGGGAGGUAA